AUGUGUGUGGCUGGGGUCACGUUGGGCCAGGCAAAGCGCAACGUGGAGAGCGGCAAGGUCCUGCGCGCUAACGAGGCGCUGGCCGCGGCGAGGGCGAAGGCGCAGCAGCGGGACGGCCAGAUCAGGGCGCUGCAGGACGCCCUGGCCGGCCAGCGGCGCGAGGCGGCGGCGCUGGCUGCGGCGGGCGGCGGCGCGCAGCUAGAGGUGGCUGACCUGAGGGCCCAGCUGGCGGCCGCGCAGCGGCAGGCAAUGCUGCCAGGCGGCGGCGCCGGGGACGCCCAUGACUCCGAGGACAGCUCUGGUGGCGGCGAGGGGCGCAGCGGCGAGGAGCUUGUUGUGCAGGGCCGCGCCGCGAUCGACCGCGCGCUCUUGAGGGACCAAGACGCGCCGGCGCAUGCCGUCCCCGGCCCGCCUCGCGCGGCGGCACCCGGCGCCAAGGCCCUCUGGCCCGGCGCGCCGCCGCAGCCGCCGCGCGGCGCCGGCGGCAGCGGCGUCGCCACGCCGCGCGAGCGCGAGGCGGCGCUUGCGCCAGGGUCUGCAGCAAGCAGCGUGUCUGCGGACGCGGCGCCGCUGCCGCCGACGCGAGCGGGGUCGCUACAUUCUGAGAGGUCCGGCCGAAGCAGCCUGGCGCCCGCGCCCUUCAAGCUUGCAGGCGCGGCAUCCCUGGGCGACCCCCCUGCUCCCAAGCUCGCCGCCUCGGCGUCCGCCCGCCAGAGCGGCGUCUGGGGGGCCCGGCAGCCGCUGGCGGGCGCAACGGCGGCGGUGGCGGCGGCCGCGGGGGCGCCGCUGGUGUCUGCGCGCUCGACGGCGCGCGGCGGGGGCCGUUGGAAGUGA